CGGAGGGAGGCGCGCGCGGGCCUGGGAACAGCCGCGGAGCGUCCACAGGUUCGAAUCCUCUCCUGUUCACACGCCGGGAGACGCCGGAGGAGAGUGGAUCCGGAGCUGCCAGUGUGGGCGGUGCGGCUGUUUGCAGCGACUUCUCGCCUUUUCCCAAGGCGAGGGACCGCAGGCUUGUUGAAUCCUUGUGCUCCCCCCCCCUUUUCUAUCUUACACAUUUUCGAAUUGGAUUUCUUCCCCCUCUUCCUUUUUUUGUAAUUGCAUGGAAAACGGAAGGAGCCGCCCGAGAGAGAGAGAGAAAAUUGGAAUUUUGCAGGCAGUUUGGGUGGCUGGAAAGAGAGGGCCGGGAACGAACAAAAGCCGCCGAAGCAGGGAAGGAAAGGAAGCUGCUACGUCCGCCUUUGUCAUACGCAAGCCGGAGAGCAACAGGAUCGGGGCUGCUGCUGGUUGGAUACAAUGCUCGCUUCCGGAAUCCCUGCAUCGUGGCCGUUGUAGAUGUUGAAAGCUGGGGCUCUCCCCGCGGAGUGGGACGGGGCAGGGGGUCUGUCCCCAGCUGCUGAGUGCUUUGAAGGCUCCGUGAUGCCCAGCCACUUGCAGGACUAAGUGGAUGGUGGGGGAAGCCACUGGACCGUCAACCGUGACUGCACCUUGGUGUGCCACCAAGUUGGUGCCUCCUUUUUUUCUUCUAAGACGAGCCCAGCUAGCCGAUCAAAAUAGAGUCCCUCAAGGUGAAAGUUGACUUUCUGAAGGUGCCCCUCGGCCUGAAGAAGCCCACUCUGAAAGAGGCAGCGGCUGCCUUGGCGGCUGUCCCGGGGCCUGGGAGACCCAAGUCCAUCAACGUGGACCGCUACAAGGCACGGCGAUCUGACAACAUGGACAACGAGUCUCAGUAUUCUGGGUACUCCUACAAGUCUGGGCAUUCCCGCAGCUCCCGGAAGCAUAGAGAUCGACGGGAGCGGCACCGUUCCAAGAGUCGAGAUGGGAGUCGAGGGGACAAGUCAGUGACCAUCCAGGCCCCUGGGGAGCCCCUGCUGGACAACGAGUCAACUCGAGGUGACGAAAGGGAUGACAACUGGGGAGAGACCACCACGGUGGUGACGGGCACGUCUGAGCACAGCAUCUCCCACGAUGACAUCACGCGCAUCACCAAGGACAUGGAGGACAGCGCCCACCUGGACUGCUCCCGCCACUUGGGCGUCUCGCUGGGCGGGGCACUGGCCCUCCUCUCCUUCCUCACGCCCUUGGCCUUCAUGCUGCUGCCCCAGCUGCUGUGGGGGGACCGGCUGGACCCGUGUGGGACGCCCUGCGAGGGGCUCUUCAUUUCAGUGGCCUUCAAGCUCCUCAUCCUCCUGCUGGGCAGCUGGGCCCUCUUCUUCCGCCGCCCCAAGGCCUUCUUCCCGCGGAUCUUCGUCUUCCGCGCGCUCAUCAUGGUGCUCGUCUUCCUCCUGGUCGUCUCCUACUGGCUCUUCUACGGCGUCCGGAUCUUGGACUCUCAUGACACCAACUACCAGGGCAUUGUCCAGUACGCCGUCUCCCUGGUGGAUGCCCUUCUCUUCGUCCACUACCUGGCUGUGGUUCUUCUCGAGCUGAGGCAGCUCCAGCCCCACUUCACCCUCAAGGUUGUCCGCUCCACUGAUGGAGCGAGCCGGUUUUAUAACGUCGGCCACCUCAGCAUCCAGCGAGUUGCUGUGUGGAUCCUGGAAAACUACUACCACGACUUCCCGGUCUACAACCCGGCCCUCCUCAACCUCCCAAAGUCUGUUCUCUCCAAGAAGAUGUCUGGCUUCAAGGUGUACUCCCUUGGCGAGGAAAACACAACCAACAACUCAACAAGCCAGUCGCGGGCUGUCAUUGCCGCAGCAGCCCGACGGAGGGACAACAGCCACAACGAGUAUUACUACGAGGAGGCUGAGCAUGAGCGCAGGGUGCGCAAGAGACGCGCAAGGCUGGUGGUGGCUGUGGAGGAGGCCUUCACUCAUAUCAAGCGGCUCCAGGAGGAGGACCAGAAAAAUCCUCGGGAGAUCAUGGACCCACGAGAGGCAGCGCAGGCCAUCUUCGCCUCCAUGGCCCGGGCCAUGCAGAAGUACCUGCGGACCACGAAGCAGCAGCCAUACCACACGAUGGAGAGCAUCCUGCAGCACCUGGAGUUCUGCAUCACACACGACAUGACACCUAAGGCCUUCCUCGAACGAUACCUGACGGCUGGGCCUACCAUCCAGUACCACAAGGACCGCUGGCUGGCUAAGCAGUGGACUCUUGUCAGCGAGGAGCCAGUGACCAACGGCUUGAAGGACGGGGUGGUCUUUGUCCUGAAGCGCCAGGACUUCAGUCUGGUGGUGAGCACGAAAAAGAUCCCCUUCUUCAAGCUCUCGGAGGAGUUUGUGGACCCCAAGUCGCACAAGUUUGUGAUGCGGCUUCAGUCAGAGACCUCCGUGUGAACUGAAUCUGGGGUUUAGGGGCUUGGAUGCCAGAGGAGCGAUUUGCGACGGGGAGCAGCCCUGGUGCACAACACCUGCCUCAUCGGAAUUUAGAGAUUUCCAAGUUCGGGGUUUGGGAAGAGGUAUUUCCACCAAGUUUUCCUUCCUGGAGUUGGGAGUUUGCACCAAUGACCUUACAUCUUCUGAUGCCGCCAUCGAUGGACCUUUCUUCACAAUGCCAAUGGAGGGGUGGGGUG